UUGAUCUGUUGAUGUGUAGUUUGUAUGAUUCCAUUAUGGUGUAAAAAGGUCGUCGGAUUUUAGUGUCCAUAAACUAAGCCUCCAAUAUAGGACAUUAUUCAAAAAGGGUGAUUGUCACCAUACCAUCAGAAAAGAUGACAUGUUUUUGGACCAGUAAACCAUAUGUUCUACAUACACUGGUGUUUUUGUCCCUCACAACGUUAUCUUUUUGUCAAUCUCCCGGUUAUACAGUUAUCACCGGCCCAACGUUUAAAGUUGAGGGCGAUUCUGUAUCAUUGACAUGCAAUUCAACUUAUGGUACCCAAGUAUAUUGGUACCAAAACAACCAACUGUUAGAUGAUUCAUGGACAACAGCAAAUGGAGUAACAACAAACACCUAUACCUUUCUGGCUGAAAAAACGCACCACCUGGCACUGUUUGAAUGUACGGUUGAUAAUGUUCUGAGUUCAACAUGGUACUUCCAAGUCUACACCAAACCAAAUCAUCCAACGUUGACUGGACCUCAAGUUCUUAUACUUGGCACUACCUACCAAUGGACAUGUAUAAGCACUGGGGGAAUUCCAUCACCAUCAAUGACCAUGUGGAUUGGUGACAGUCAGUUCAAUUAUAAUAUCUCAUCAAUCAAUACAGAUAUCAAAUCAGAAUUGCAGUCGUCAGAUAAAACUUAUACUGUUAACUUUACACUGUCGUGGGCACCAAGUAUCAGUUACAAUGGUCUGACACUUUAUUGUCAUGUUCAACAUCCAGAGACAAGUGGUAAUAGCCGCCAAACCGACAGUCUUCUGUUAACAGUUAAUGCCGAACCGAAUCACCCAACGUUGACUGGAUCUCAAAUUCUAAUACUUGGCACUACCUACCAAUGGACAUGUAUAAGCACGGGAGGAAUCCCAUCACCCUUAAUGACCAUGUGGAUUGGUAACAGUCAGAUAAAUACAGGAAUCACACAAUCAUCAAUAUUGCAGUCAGAUGGAACUUAUUCUGUUACCUCUACACUUUCGUGGGCACCAAAUAUCAGAGACAAUGGUCAGACACUUUAUUGUCACGUUCAACAUCCAGCGACACGUGUAAAUAAGACAGUCAGUCUUCAGUUAACAGUUAAUGAGCCUCUAUCAGUGAAUGCCACACCGACUCAGUAUCAACAGAAUAUUGGCACCACUAUUACUUUGAACUGCGUUAUAAUUGGAACAGCGACAUCUAUUACUUGGUAUUUUAAUAACCAAGUGAUGAAUAUUGCUUCUUCUUCGAAAUAUUCCAAUGGUAAUACCAUCAACCCAUCAUUGACUAUAUCAAAUAUCGCUUUGUCUGAUACAGGAUUAUAUAUCUGUCAGGCAACAAAUGGAGUAGAAACAGCCAACUCUAAUACGAUCACAUUAACAGUUCUAGACCUACUUACUGUUAAUAUUCCACAGUCAUCCUACAGUGUUUUGACUGGUCAACAGAUAACCAUACCUUGUACUGUUGCCGGAACUCCUACUCAGACUAACGUGUUCUGGAGAAAGGUGGUCAAUGGUGUUCAAACUAACGUAGUUAUAAAUGGUAACAGCAGAUAUACUGGAGGUACCACCGCAACUCCAUCAUUGACAAUAACCAACACACAGAGUUCAGAUGAAGGAACAUACGUUUGCUUUGCUACAAAUAGUGUUGGUACAUCUAACAGUCAAAAUACGUUCUUAGACGUUACUGGAGGCGUCCCCAUUGUGACAAUUGGAGGAUCUAAUUUCCAAGUUCAAGUGGGUAAUUCCAUAACAAUAGGAUGUACUGUUACCGCCAACCCUGUUGUUACUAGUGUGUAUUGGACCCGUGAUAUGAACGGUCAGACAACCAAUAUAGGGCCCUCAUCCAAUCCUAGUAAAUAUGGUGGAUCUACUACAGUAACACCAUCUUUAACUAUAUACAACGUUGACUUUAGUGACGAAGGCAAUUACCAGUGUUUCGCCACCAAUUCUAUAGGAACUGGUUCAAGUCGGGAGACAUCACUUGAUGUACAAGGAGGUGUCCCAACAGUACAGAUUAGCCUCCCAAACUACCAAGUUAACUUUGGCAGUUCGAUAACUCUUGUAUGUUUAGUUGUCUCCAAUCCUGCUCACUUCCAAGUUUACUGGCGAAGGACUGUAGGUGGAACAACAUCCAAUAUCGAUGUCACUAAUAGUGGCGGGAAAUACUCCGGUUCCACAGUUUCUACUCCAUCCCUGACUAUCAACAAUGCAGCAUCAAGUGAUGAAGCUAGCUACAUCUGCUAUGCUACAAACAGUGUUGGAACUGGACAGAGUAUAUCCACCUCAUUAACUGUUGUCGGUAAUAUACCAACAGUAACUGUACAGCAGACGAUAUAUAACGUCAACUACGGUAAUUCUGCUGUCCUGGUAUGUUCAGUCACAGCAAAUCCAGCUCAUACAAUCGUUUACUGGCGUAAGAUAAAGAAUGGCGUUAGUACAGAUAUUGAUGUAGUAAACAGUAACAACAAGUACAGUGGUUCCACAGUCAGUAACCCGUCCCUACAAAUAUAUAACGCCGAUUUAAACGAUGAGGCCAAUUAUGUUUGCUUUGCUUCCAAUAGUGUUGGCACGGGACAAAGUUCACAAACGUUCCUAGAUGUUAUUGGGGAUAUUUCUGUGGUUACUAUAUCUUCCAACAUAUAUUCAGUAUUAAUUGGCGGUACAGUAACAUUGCAAUGUACGGUAUCCUCUAACCCAGCUCAUACCUCAGUCACGUGGCAAAGAAUCGUUAACGGUGUACUUACUACAGUAAUAGUCGAUGGAUCCAGAAUAAUUGGUAGCACUGUCAGUACACCAUCUCUCACCAUCAGUAAUGCUGUUUCUGUUGACGAAGGAAAUUAUAUCUGUACUGCAACUAAUAUUGUUGGAACCGGAACCAGUCAACAGACAUUCUUAGACGUCACGGGAAAUAUUCCUACAGUUACUGUUGCUCAGAAUCAAUAUUCUGCUAACUACGGGCAAACUGUAACAAUGGUGUGUACAGUACAAGCUAACCCCACAGAAACCAGUGUUUACUGGCGGAAACUAGUAAACGGACAAAUGACAAGUAUAGAUAUGAACAAUGUACGGUAUACAGGUUCUACUGUAGGUUCACCAUCUCUAACUAUCAGUGCACUGGAGUUAUCUGAUGAAGGCUACUAUCAAUGUUAUGCUCAGAAUAGUGUGGGUACUGGAAGUAGUCAACAAACAUUUUUAGAUGUGAUUGGAGCAAUACCAGUGGUUACCAUUCCCCAAUCGCAGUAUAGUGUAAAUGUUGGUUCAUCCGUUACCAUGGUUUGUACCAUAUCAGCCAAUCCUGUUCAUACAUCAGCUUUUUGGCAUAAAGUUGUGAAUGGAGUAGCAACAAAUAUCAAUCUUUCUCAGACGAGUAAAUACUCAGGAUCUACUACAACAUCACCAUCUUUGACUGUUCUUAAUGCUGUCGUUGCUGAUGAAGGAUAUUACACAUGUAGUGCACAGAAUAGUGUCGGCACAGGUACCAGUUCACAGACAUUUCUGGGUGUAUCGGGAAGUGUUCCUGUAGUAACAGUACUAUCAACCAGUUACUCUAUCAAUGUCGGAAAUUCCAUCACAUUACAGUGUACUGUAAAUGCCAAUCCAACAGCUUCUAGUGUCACAUGGCAGCGUAACAUCAAUAACGUAGCAACGAAUAUUGACAUGUCCAUCGGUCGUUACAGCGGAAGUUCUGUUGGGUCACCGUCUCUUGUCAUAAGUAAUACUGUCAUAUCAGACGAGGGGUUCUAUAUCUGUACAGCUACUAAUAAUGUUGGAUCUGGACAAAGUCAACAAACGUUUUUAGAUGUCAUUGGAAGUAUUCCGACUGUCACUGUACCACAAUCUACAUACGGCGUCAACAGAGGAUCAUCCGUUACACUACAAUGUACCUAUACUGCUAACCCAGCAGCUACCAGUGUUAUUUGGGAAAGGACUGUAGCUAACCAGGUCACAACAAUAUCUACAGCCAGCAAUAAAUAUGAUGGUUCUACCACACAGUCACCAUCUUUGUUAAUAAAUAACACUGAUGAAUCAGACGAGGCCAAUUAUGUUUGUAAAGUAACAAACAGUGUAGGAACUGGAAUCAGCUCCUCUACAUUCCUUGAUGUUUUAGGCAACGUUCCAGCUGUGACAACGCCUACAGCAGCAUAUACCGUAAAUGUUGGUGAUUCCGUUACCAUAACAUGUACAGUAACAGCUAAUCCACAACACACCACCGUUUACUGGCAGUAUAUAGCAGGUGGUUCAUCAACAAAUGUUAACAUUGGAGGAAGGUUCAGUGGAUCGUCCGUCAGCUCACCAUCCCUGAUAAUAUUUAAUGCACAGUUAUCAGACCAGGGAUCAUAUGUUUGCUAUGCUACCAACAGUGUGGGAACGGGGCAGAGUUCACAGGUUGUUCUGGCUGUAACUGGCAGUAUUCCUAGUGUAAGUCUUACGCAGACAUCCUUUACUGGUAACUAUGGAGAUACAUUUACACUUGGUUGUACUGUAUCUGCUAAUCCCGCUGUUACCUCUGUUUACUGGCAGAAAGUUACCGGAAGUACAACUGCCACUGUAGACAUGUCUAACUCAAGAUAUACUGGAUCAUCAGUCAGUACACCAUCUCUAACUAUAACUAAUCUCAAUAGUAAUGAUGCUGGGAAUUAUAUAUGUCUCGCCGUUAAUUCUGUUGGAACUGGCCAGAGUUUGCAAGGACCUUUAACUGUAAUUGGAAACGUUCCUAUAGUAACAGUUAGUCAAUCAACUUACUCGACAAACAUUGGAAAUACCAUCACACUAGAUUGUGUAGUGUCGGCAAACCCUGCUCACACUGCUGUUUACUGGACACGACAGAUUACCAAUGGCAACACAGUAACUCUAAACCCUGCUUCCUCUGCAAAAUAUUCCGGAUCAACUACACAGUCACCGUCACUGACUAUCAGUAAUGUAGACACAUCUGAUGAAGGCAAUUAUAUAUGUCAUGCAACUAAUGCUGUUGGCACAGGUCAAAGCUCACAGACGUUCUUAGAUGUUAUCGGAAAUAUCCCAACUGUUACGGCGUCAAUCAUCUCCUCUGCCAAAGUUGCAAAUCCUGUGACAAUUACCUGUACAGUAACAGCAACCCCAGCAGCUACUCAGAUAGUCUGGCAGCGAUAUGUAAGUAAUGCCGCCACAACUAUGGAUAUAAGUAGUAUCAGAUACAGCGGAGGAACGACAUCUAACCCGUCUCUCAUUAUCAACAGUGUACAAGAAGGCGAUCAAGGACUGUAUUUUUGUCAAGCUUCAAACAGCGUGGGAACAGGAACUAGUAAUAAUGUCUACCUGACUGUUACUGGAGAUGCACCUACAUCCAUUGCUAUUAGACCCAGUCCAAUAACUGUAAAUGAAGGCCAGACUAUAACAGCUACAUGUACAGCCCAAGGCAGUCCAACGAUAACAUACACCUGGUUUAAAGGCAAUUCCAAUACACAGUUGUCCACAGGUUCUGUCCUUCAGAUAACAUCCUCAACACGAACUGAUGCUGGAACGUACCAAUGUAGGGCUUCGAACACCUAUGGUAAUGCUGACGCAACAGUUACAGUAGAGGUUCAGUAUAUACCUGAUGUAACAAUCACACAGCCGUUUCAAGGUUUUCUCGGACAAGCUAUUACAAUACAGUGCUCCUACGUUUCUAACCCUGGCGCUACCAAUGUAAUAUGGAGUAAAGGAAAUCAAGGCAUUACUGUUGAUGGUAACAAAUACGUCGGCGGUAGCUUGUCCAAUCCUAGCCUUACUAUCACGAAUCUGGCUGCUUCUGAUCAAGGUUCAUACAGAUGUUCAGUAGUGAACUCCGUGGGACAAGGAUAUUCAUCAUCUGUCACUAUUUUGGUUGAUACAUCAACUGCACCAUCAUACAUAAGAAUAGUACCAGCAUGUCUUGUGGUAAAUGAAGGUGAAAGUUUCACCCUGACUUGUGAAGCUGAUGGUGAUCCUGCCCCAACGUUCAACUGGUAUCAACAUGACGUAUUGAUACAUCAAGGAGCUGUUUUAUCCAUUUCUAACGCCAACUGGACUAUACACGACGGUUUAAAUGUGUGUAAAGCUACCAAUACCAAGGGAAGCCGGCAGACGUGGGAAAGUGUUAACGUUCAGCAUAAACCAGUGAGCACUGUUACACAGACAAGGAUAUCACAAAUAGUUGGUAGUCCUGUCAGUCUAAGCUGUGACACACGUGCAAACCCAUCGGCUACUGAAUGGCAAUGGUUUUAUAAUGGUUAUUUUCUAUCGUCUACCAGCAAGGUGCUUGUUGUUGAUAUGGAUUCAGCUAGUGACGCUGGAUCAUAUACCUGUAGAGCUAUGAACGGUGUAGGAACAUCAUCGGACAUUGCAUUCAACAUUGCUAUACUAACAGGGACAGAAGGGCCAACAGUUACUGAUCCUGCAGGACCUGCGACUGGAGCAUCAAUAACUGACACAGCGAUGUUAUCUACUGGAGAAAUAGUCGCAAUCCUCUUAGCCAUUCUUUUUGUCCUGCUGUUAAUAAUUGGAAUCAUUGUAUGCUGUUGUUGUCAAGAAACAUGUGCUACCUUGUGUGGUGGUAAGAAAGAAAGAAUUACUCCACAAGACUCACCUAAGAGAGUUGAGAUACCUGUGUACUAUCGAGAACCUGAUGAAUCGGUUAUCUCACUUCGUAAAUUAGAAAUACCAACAUUUAAGCAGGAUGCAGAACAACCUGUUAAGCAUAAUGUUUACAGUGAACUACCUGUUAGAAUGGCACGGCCCGAGAAGCAUAAUGUGUACAGUAGACACCCUGAAGAUGACGAUGAAGAAUACGUGAUUAACAAGUACCACGGUUAUCAGUCUGAAGAUAACGAAAAACUUGAGCAAAGAGAACGUUCAAUAGACAACACAUAUUCCGAUAUAACUUGCACAUACGAGGAGGAAGAAAGGCGCAGAAAACGAAGGCGAAGAAAGAAAAAGAAGAACAAACGUCUUCGUGAUGAAGUUACUGUAGAAGAUGGAAUAGAGAAUGGCGAUGCUUUACGUUCCAAGGUACGGUCAAGACGUAGCAAACACCGUACCUUGAGGACGUCACGUGAUCAUGAGCAGGGUGUAAUGAUAGGUGAAAAAUUUUAUUACGAACAGGAGUAAUUGACAUAUUCGAUAUAUAUUGUAUAAGUGCAACAAAAAUAUCUUGAUAUGUCUCAUGAGUGAAACCAGUAGGAAUAAUGUGAACGGUUUUUAAUACAACGAUAUAUAUGCAUUUUCUCCUUUUUGUAUUUUCUAUAUAUACAGUGGCGUAGCAUCAGUGUAGAAUUGUAAACAUGUGCUUACAAAUAAUUAAAAAAAAAAACAUUUUUUCACAAAUAAUUUUAUUAUAAUUGUUCAGCUUAAGGGGCUGCCGCCCCCAAAUCCCCUGCUUGCAAUUUGUUUUCCAGUGGCUACGCCACUGAUGUAUAUGUAGAACAUUAAAUAGACAACACAACACUUUGUUUUCAAUUUAGACUUGUAUAUAUAUAUAUAUAUAUAUGUAGGACUCAAAUCUAUGGUGGGUUCCAGAUCUAUGGCAAAUUCCUGCAAAUUCCUAAUCUAUGGUAAAUAUGAUGUCACAAACGCCAAACAAAUCACAAAUCUAUGGCAGUUUUUUGUUUUCUCCAAAUCUAUGGCAGAUUUGGAUAUUACGUAAUUAUCCGUCACAAUUAAAUAACUUCAUGUAACGUCGAAGCUGUCGCUGACAACGACGGUGUUUUUAUACAGAAGGAAAAGAAAAAGAUAGAAAAGCAAGUUUGCAAGGAUCCUAAUCAAUAAAUAAAGUGUGUUUGUUUCUACCCUUGUUUUCUUAUUUUCGUGUUGCUGGUGUUGCCCUCACCCUUAAUUGUACGAGCUUUUACUGUGCAUUUUGGUUUGCUUUUUUGCUGUUUUGUUAUUUUUUGUAUCCCUAUGAUCUCUGUAAUUUUCUGUUAGAAGUAACACAACGUAAAGUAUUUUGUCAGCUAUAUAACAGUGACUACCUGUACUAUUGUAGCAAAUAAUCUUUCUUGAGAUUUGGAAAUACUGAUUAUGUCAUAUAUUUCUAAUAGAUAUUAAUAUUAUUUUCCGCUAUAAAUAUGUCGAAUAACUGCUGGUAGAGAAAUAAGGAUUUCUUUUUAGAAAGUCACGUGUUUGAGGCCAGUCAUUGUUCAUUACAGGACUUAAAUCGUCAUCAGUCAAAAAAGAUUUACAUUAUUUAGCGCUCAAAUCGACAUUAGUUAAAAAUUCAAACUGCUUUUUGUAUUGUUCAGGGACUUGGUUAAAUGAAGAGUCAAACAGGUACCAUGCACAGAGAAGGAAAUACUUAUUCUUCCGGGGCACAUGAUUUCAACCCUAAAGUAUGUGUUCAUUUUACAAACAGUUAUGGAUAUGGUAAUAAUCCUAAUCCGUUUUUCUUAUACUGGUUUUUACUUAAAAGCAGCUCUGUCGCUACCUUUGGACAUUUCGACAUCGAAAUCACAUGUCAGAUAUGUACUGACUAGUCCGACCUUUGCAGAAAAUUUGUCAUAGAUUUGAAAACUAGAAACCCGCCAUAGAUUAGGAAACUAAAAAGUUGCCAUAGAUUAGGAUUCUAAAAAAUCUGCCAUAGAUUUGGGAUGGCAUGACGUCAUAUUUACCAUAGAUUAGGAAUUUGCCAUAGAUCUGGAACCCACCAUAGAUUUGAGUCCUACAUAUAUAUAAAUCAGUCUAACUUGAAAACAACGUUCAAACCCAUGAUUGCGUUGGAUAAAAACCGCAUUUUUUAUACGUGUGCAUGCAAAACAAAUUUUUUGGUAGAGGGGUCUAAAUACAGCACAAACAACAUUUUCCAAAAGACCAAAAAAGUGAAAAAGUAUAUUUAAACAAAACGCAUUUGCCUAACAGGUCGAACAACGGAUGUUUUUAAACCCUGCUGACUGCCAUUGGCGAUUGCCAAAUAAACGGAUCACCAGAUGUAAAAAAAAAUGUAUCUUUAUUAUUAAUUUAAUACCAAACAGAAAACAAUAAACUUGCUGAAAAGAUGGUAUACCGCAAACAUGAGGUGCAAAAAUUUGUACACCAUAUCCGGAUUCGACAAUUAAUGUCUCUUCAGUGAUGUUAGGUGUCGAAACGGUAUUAGGAAGGCCAUAUAAUUUACCUCAAUUUAGGAUAGACUCUUGAAUUUUGAAGAGUCGAAAUAGGAUGAACGGAUCAUAUAAACUCGAAGGCAAAUAUAAUACAAGCCCAAACGAAAAAAUAUAAAUAAGUCUAAAUUGAAAACAACGUUCAAACCUAUGAUUGCGUUGGAUAAAAACCGCAAUUUUUAUACGUGUGCAUGCAAAACAAAUUUCUUGGUAGAGGGGUCUAAAUACAGCACAAACAACAUUUUCCAAAAGACCAAAAAAGUGAAAAAGUAUAUUUAAACAAAACGCAUUUGACUAACAGGUCGAACAACGGAUGUUCUUAAACCCUGCUGACUGCCAUUGGCGAUUGCCAUAUAUAUAUAUAUAUAUAUAUAUAUAUAUAUAUAUAUAUAAAACGUCUGAAUAAUAGUCAACGAUUUUUCCCACGAGGGCGCUGGAUCGUUACGAGUAACGAUACACGUACACAAUAAAUAAAUUAUAUAAACGCCUAAAAAGUGUACACAACAACACCAAUAACAAAAAAAGGAACUAUAAAUGUAAUUAUUUAUAAAUAUUUCGGAUAACAGAUAUCCUUCAUCAGUAAA